AUUGUGACGCAUCUAAUAAUCUAUUUAAGAUAUGAUCUGAAACAUAAUGAUAAAGGCAAUCAUGAUAAAAUUUGUAAAUGUAAUAGUGACACGUGUCUAAACAGGUCAAUGGCUUGAGUUUAAAAAAAAAGAGAAUAGGUAUCAUGUUACUAUCGUUAAAUUCUUGAUUAUAAAAAGAAAAAACGAUGAAUCUCGUGUAUGACACUUCCGUGAAAUCAGAUAUAUAUAAUAUUAUUGAUCACAAAGAUAAUAUUAUAGACAUUGAUUUUCAUUGAAAAAUCUAAAUACAAAAUUUGUAAAAGUAUAUUUUCAUUUGAAAGUAGUUGCAGUUCCUUAGUUGAAAGUUUAUCGCGAGUAGAAAAGUUGAGAGUAUGCUUGAUAUUACGACGCAUAAUGAAUACAAAGUUUAAAAAUGUUAACUAUUUUGGAGCAACGGUAUAGGCACCGUUUUCUCAUGUUACUGCACUGACAGUGGUGACGAAGUCGGAUCACGAGUGUAUGGAAAUGGACCAUUCGCUCUAUGACAGCCAGUGUAGCAUGGCUAUGGUAUCGGCAUGCGCCUAACCACGUAGCAACCUACGAACCGAAGAACUCGGGACCAUCUCUUUCACUUCUUAAAAUGGUAGAAAUGGAUAGAGAUCAUAGGGAACAACACGAUCACGAUAAUAUAAAUGAAAACGAGGAAGAACAAAAAGUAGGAAUGGAUUUUCGUAAUUUAUCUCGUCACCAUGGUGUGGAUCAUGUGGCUGAUGUUGAAAUAGAGCGAGAUAUGGAAGUUGAUCAAAAUGAUCGCAUUGAAAAUUUACAAGAUGAUAAACUAGAUCAAAAUAUAGGAAGAAAUUUUCAUAAUUUAGCGCAUCAUCCCGCUAUGAGAGACAUGGAAAGAGAUCAAAAUAAUCAUAUUGAUAAUAUGCAUGAUGAUAAAAUUGAUCAUAAAAUGGGGCGAGAUUUUCGUAAUUUGGGUUCUCAUACUGGUAUAGUUCAUUUACAUUCAGGAAUUGAACAUUUAAAUAAUGUCGAUGUAGAGGUAAAAUUAGCGAGAGAUGUUCGUGGUUCUUUAGGUUUGGGUCUAUCACUAGAAUUAUGUGUAGUUUGUGGAGAUAGAGCUAGUGGAAGACAUUAUGGAGCAAUAAGUUGUGAAGGUUGUAAGGGAUUUUUUAAACGUAGUAUUCGAAAACAGUUAGGUUAUCAAUGCAGAGGAAGCAAAAGUUGUGAAGUUACCAAACACCAUAGAAAUCGAUGUCAGUAUUGUAGACUUCAGAAAUGUCUUGCUAUGGGCAUGAGAAGUGAUUCUGUUCAACAUGAGAGAAAGCCAGUGUUAGGUGAAUCAGCAGGAGCAAAAGUAGGAAAUAGAAGUCCUAGAGUUAAACCAGAACCACAACAAUCAAUAUCUGAAGCACCUCCAACUUGGGAACAACCUGAAAGUCCUAGUAUGGAAGAUCAAAGCAGUGAUAGUGAUCUCAGUGAUGCAUUAACAUUAGCAAGAGAACGUUUACUUAUUUCGCAUGCAUUGGAUAGCAUGGCUAAACUUAUUGGAGAAAGUGUUAAUGGUUCAAGUGAACCAGAAGAAGAAUGGACUGGGCAAUUAAUUUCUGAACGACAUACAUUAUUCGAAUUAAGAGCUCCUAGUCCAGCUCCUGCAUAUUUAUCAAUACAUUAUAUUUGCGAAAGUGCCGCUAGAUUACUUUUUUUGUCAGUUCAUUGGGCACGAGGAAUUCCGGCAUUUCAAGCAUUACCAUCUGAAGUUCAAACAACAUUAGUGCGCAGUUCCUGGGGACAGCUUUUUACAUUAGGCCUUGCACAAUGUGCAUACACUUUAUCCCUUCCAAGUAUUCUAACAUCAAUAAUAAAUCAUUUGCAAGCUAGUAUUGCACAGGAAAAAAUUACAGCUAGUAAAGUAAAGUCUGUCACAGAACAUAUAUGUAGACUACAAGAUUGUGUUAGUUCACUUCAUAAAUUACAAGUGGAUUCUGUCGAAUAUGCGUAUCUUAAAGCUUUAACGCUUUUUAGUGCUGACAAUGUCUUAGCCGGUGUUUGGCGUAAAAAAGUUGAAGUUUUACAAGAGGCAGCAUGGACAGAAUUACAACAACGUGUAGGAUCUAACAGGCUACCUCGCCUUCUUUUAAGGCUCGCACCACUUCGUUCGAUUAAUCCUAGAGUCUUGGAAGAUUUAUUUUUUGCAGGCCUUAUUGGUAGGGUAAGCGUAGCUAGUGUCGUGCCUUAUAUUCUUACUAUGCAAGAUUACAAAGCUGAGCCUGAAAGUCAUAUGGGAAAGUGCAAGAGACCCGUUGGCGAAGAGAACGAAGAGAAUAAGAAAGGAAAACGGAAACGAGCAGCGGAAACAGAAAUCGUGGUAUCGACAAAGGAAAAAGAGGUUUCGGCUGUGGAAACGAAACGGAAAACCAUGGAACACACGCUAACAAGAUGUGACACUCGUUUACCAAAAAUCACACCAAUUAUUGAUGACUAUGAGAUCAGUAAUCACGUGCUCGGUCUUGGAAUAAACGGAAAAGUUGUUCAAUGUUAUGACAAAAAUACCAGGGAAAAAUAUGCGCUCAAGGUACUAUAUGAUUGUGUAAAAGCACGAAGAGAAGUUGAAUUACAUUGGAGAGCAUCAAAUUGCAAGCAUAUAGUACAAGUUAAAGAUGUGUAUGAAAAUACAUAUAGUGGAAAUAAAUGUUUAUUAGUUGUUAUGGAAUGCAUGGAAGGAGGAGAAUUGUUUGAAAGAAUACAAGAUAGACAAGAUGGUGCUUUCACAGAAAGAGAAGCUGCACAAAUAAUGUAUGAAAUUUGUGUUGCUGUAAAGCAUCUGCAUGACAUGAAUAUUGCACACAGGGAUCUUAAACCAGAAAACCUAUUGUAUUCUAAACCUGGUAGUACUGGAAUAUUAAAACUUACUGAUUUUGGUUUUGCCAAAGAAACACAUUUGAAAGAUACAUUACAAACUCCAUGUUACACACCAUAUUAUGUUGCUCCUGAAGUUUUGGGACCAGAAAAAUAUGACAAAAGCUGUGAUAUAUGGUCACUUGGAGUUAUUAUGUAUAUACUAUUAUGUGGUUUUCCACCUUUCUAUAGUAAUCAUGGUCUAGCAAUUUCACCAGGAAUGAAGAAAAGAAUUCGAUUAGGUCAAUAUGAUUUUCCAGCUCCUGAAUGGUCUAAUGUGAGCACAGAAGCAAAAAAUCUUAUUAAAGGUAUGCUAUGUACAGAUCCAGCUCAAAGACUUCAAAUCGAUGAAGUUAUGCGCAAUAAAUGGAUUGCUCAAUAUACGGAAGUACCUCCUACACCUUUACAUACAGGUCGUGUACUUCGGGAAGGUGAAGAACUUUGGCCAGAAGUUCAAGAAGAAAUGACACGGUCUUUAGCUACGAUGCGUGUAGACUACGAUACAGCGAAUUUAAAACAAUUAGAUCAUACAAAUAAUGCGUUAUUAAACAAACGCAGACGAGCGAAACAAUCGAAUGCCGUACCACCGACUGCUAAUCCUACGCCAGCAUCCUAGGAAGAGCCAAUAAGAGCCAAUCAACGCUGGUAUGUUUUUUUACGAAGAUGUAUAAGAUAUAAUAUAAUUACUAUGAGAAUUG